ACUCCGCAUUGUCCUAGAGAAAUGAUAUCUAGAGCUCGGUAGUACAAUCUUCCACUUGACUUCUAUUUGUCCUUUAAACAGACCGUUCUAGUUCAAUCAUAUCGUCGGCGACGCAGUACAAUACAUAGUAACUUUCUUUACAAUGUCUACUUCAAAACGUAUUGAUCAGAUUGCUGGCCAUCUCAACUACCCCAAGGGUAUGUUGGCUGGCCAGGUCGCUAUUAUCACUGGUUCGGGACAGGGUAUCGGUGCUGAGGCAGCCAGACUCUUUGCUAAUGAGGGUGCAAAGGUCGUGGUGGCUGAUGUUGAUGCCAAGAAGGCCGAGGAUGUUGCUCAGAAGAUCAACGAGUCCGGUGGCUCUGCGAUUGCUGUUGCAGGCGACGUGCUUAAUGAUGACUACAUCAAAGAGCUCAUCAAGAAGGCUGCUGAAUUCGGCAACGGCAAGAUUCACAUCAUUGUAAAUAACGCUGGGUACACAUGGGAUGGCGUCAUCCACAAGAUGACCGACAAGCAAUGGCAUACCAUUGUCGACCUCCACGGCACUGCACCUUUCAAGAUUGUCCGCGCCGCCGCGCCUUACUUCCGUGUCAAGGAUGGCGAGCCCAGGAACAUUAUCAACAUCUCCUCAACCUCUGGGUUGCAUGGAAAUGCUGGCCAAAUCAACUAUGCUCUGGCCAAAGCAGGUGUGACUGGUGUCACCAAGACCAUUGCCAAAGAAUGGGGUCCUCAGUUUGGCGUUCGUGCUAACACAAUCGCUUUCGGUCAUAUUCUAACUCGUCUUACGCAAGCGAAGGAGGAGGGCGCAUUCGUCGUAACACCCGACGGUGAGAAGGUCGCGUUAGGAAUACCAGGAGCCCAGAAGGCAAGUGGACCUGGUGCUGGACAGCAACAUCUUGAUAUUCCUUUGAGACGACCGGGAUUGCCCUCGGAGGCUGCCAGUGCGAUCCUCGCAGUCGCAAGUCCAUUGUUCAGCUAUGUGAAUGGGCAGACCAUUAGUGUAACGGGUGGAAGGAAUAUGUAGAGAUCUGGUCUCGGAAUCGUAUUUUCGCGGUGAUAUUGCAUAGCUGAAAAUGAAGCACUGCGCUUUGGUGUCUGUAUAUAAAUAAAUU